AAACACACACACACCGUACCGGUGAAGGUAUCACGGCUGGAGGUUGUUCGCGGAGCUUUCAGACCGGCUCGCCGUCAAACUGCUGACACGAAACACGAAACAUGGUCCAUUUUAACAAAUGGACGUCAGUGAGGAGCGCGUCUCUCACCGACAGGGCUACCGCACGCGAUUUAAAGCUCCGAUAGUGGCUUGUGAUGACGGUGGGUUGGUUUAGUAUAUGAGAGAAAAGGCUGUGAAUGGAUCAUGGCUUGUUUUAAACGCGUAUCGUUGGUUUAAUUGAUUACCGACUGUGAUUGUAGCGCCCCGCCAUUUGUUUGCUGGAAACAUUGACCCAACAGCGCACCAAAUCAAGAUGACCGUGGAAAACACAACUAUCAAAAGUCGGAUUAAAAAUCUGCUUCGUUCGCCUUCCAUCAAAUUGAGAAGAAGUAAAGCUGGGAACAACAAAGAGAAUCUCAGUAAUAAGGUGACGUUGGAGAAAGUCCUGGGAAUCACUUCCGCUGGGAAUCGUGCUUUGGCGUGUGACCCACGUUCAGGACUGGUUGCCUACCCAGCCGGGUGUGUGGUGGUGCUACUGAACCCUAAGAAAAACAAACAGCAUCAUAUCCUCAAUAGCUCCAGGAAAACCAUCACUACGGUCUCCUUCUCUCCUGAUGGCAAAUACGUGGUCACGGGCGAGAGCGGUCAUAUGCCGGCGGUGCGUGUCUGGGAUGUGGCGGAGAGGACACAGGUGGCGGAGUUACAUGAACAUAAAUACGGCGUGGCGUGUGUGGCUUUCUCCCCCAACAGUAAAUACAUCGUCAGUGUGGGUUACCAACAUGACAUGAUCGUUAACGUCUGGGCCUGGAAGAAAAAUGUUGUGGUUGCCGCCAACAAGGUGUCCAGUAAAGUGACGGCUGUGUCUUUCUCAGAUGACAGCUCCUACUUUGUUACAGCCGGAAAUAGACAUGUGAAGUUCUGGUAUCUUGACCACACCAAGUCAUCCAAGAUGAAUGCUACAGUACCAUUAUUGGGCCGCUCUGGUCUCCUUGGAGAGCUGCGGAAUAAUUUCUUCAGCGAUGUCGCCUGUGGAAAGGGCCGGAAGGCAAACAGCACCUUCUGCAUCACUUCCUCUGGGCUGCUCUGUGAGUUCAAUGACAAAAGAAUGCUGGACAAGUGGGUGGAGCUCAGGGCACUAAUACAUUUCUUUUUUCACAUUUCAUCUCUUUAUUGCCACCUGUUUCAUAUUAUUUUUAUGUUUUAUAUCUCAUCUGAUUUUAUUUGCGGUUUGUGCAUUGUGCAUUAUUCGGCCUGUGUAUGGAGCGUGGAGGUGUACCCAGAGACGAGGGAUGGAGAGCCACGUUUGUCUCCCGGAUCGUUCCUCAGCUGUUCUUCUGACAAUACUAUCCGUUUAUGGAACACAGACGCCCAGAACACCAUCAGCCGAAACGUCAUCAGCAAUGACCUCCAGAAGGUUAUUUAUAUGGACAGCAACACCUCCUCCCUGCUGGACACAGAAUGCACAAUCUCCAGUAACUCUGAGAAGGUCGACCCACAGACCUCAGACAACCGGACAGGCAUUAGGACCAUCUGCAUGAGCCCAGACGGGCUGCACCUGGCAUCAGGGGACCGCAAUGGAACACUGAGAAUCCAUGAUUUGGAGAGCAUGGAGGAAAUUCUGGAUGUUCAGGCCCACGACUCUGAGAUCUUGUGUCUCGAGUACUCCAAACCUGAGACCGGGCUGAAACUGUUGGCCACCGCCAGCAGAGACAGACUGAUCCAUGUUCUGGAUGCGGAUCAGGAAUACAGCCUCCUGCAAACACUGGAUGAACACUCUUCCUCUAUCACUGCAGUCCGAUUUGCUGCUAACGAUGGGAAAGUCAGAAUGAUCAGUUGCGGUGCUGAUAAGAGCAUCUAUUUCCGCACGGCACAGAAGACAGAGGAGGGAACAGCAUUCACACGUGCUCAUCACAUAGUGAGGAAGACUACUCUGUAUGACAUGGAUGUGGACCCCACACAGAAAUAUGCUGUUAUUGGAUGUCAGGAUCGCAGCAUCAGGUUUUUGAGCCUGUCCUACACCACUCCCUCUUCAAAUCCUGGAGCAGUUCACCUGCCCAACAGCAUUGUACAGCCGGUCACAGCUGUUUGUUUGAACACAUCUGAAACCCCAGACCAGAUUGAGCUUAGUAUGGUUCUUGUUCCCAGCCAGACCAAAAACUUAACAGAAGAUAAACUCCACUCGCAUACAGAGCCAAGAAAAAAGGAUACCUCCGAGGCUGAGUGCCCUCCCAUGAGCCAGUGCAGCCUAAGUGUGCGUCAGUCUUCCUCAGGAUCUCAAGACUCAGGUUUGCUAGGACAUCAGCCUUCCCUCGUUGCAUCUUCUGUUCUGCUCCGGCUUGGACUGUCUAAACACUUCUUUAACAAAGGGCUCUUGCCUCUCUCAUCCUCCACCUCCACCAUCACAUCUUUCAUCUCUUCUUCACCCUCUCCACCCAUUAACUAUUACCACCUGCAGGACACAUCUCUCAGUGUGGAUUCUUGUAGGCUGGUUGCCAAUGAAUUGCAGAGCAGUUUUAAAAGAGCCUCCCAGCUCUACAAAAUGCUAAGCAACUCCACUGACUCCAGUGAAGAGCAGCAGGAAAUGGCAUGUGUGCUGGCCGAAGCAUUUGAGGCAAUGAGAGAUGAGCUGAAUUGCCUGCCACCAUGCACUCCUUCAAGAUCUCCCAGCACUUGCACUGUGCGCACAUUAGCUAACAGUGAUGCAACAAUAGGUGACGACAGGACACUUGCCCUAUUAGAGCAGUACUCCAAACUGCUGCUCACCGCAGUGGAAAAGAGGAUGGACAACAAAAUCUGAUAUCUAUGAUUUCUAACAGGAUACCAAGCCAUGAGACUGCACAGCAGAUCGUUUUAGAUAGCGAGGAGCUUUUAAUAAAGAGAAAUGCCACUAUCCUACCUCCCUGUUUAGCAUGCUACUAUGGUAGCAACACACCCCUGACUUUUCUCACCUCUUUACAAAAUUCUGUGCCCUGCUACUAAAACGUAUCCGGAUAGUUUCGCCCAGGGUAACUUUCAAAUGACCUACACGGCAUCAGGGAGAGUAAUUGGUUACAUGUUUUUUGUUGACUGCAUGGUACAACAAAAUAGAUUCAGUCGUUAUCGUCUUAAAAGAUGAAUAAGCAAUUUUAUAUGGAUACAAUAUUCUGUCAUGUGUAAAAACAAACUGUUGUUGAGAGGAAUCGCCAGCAAGCGCCAUUUAUUUGAACGUGUUUAAUAUUUUAAAAAACUUCUCGAUGCUCUCUUACAAAGGGACCGGUAUCCCUGGAAGUCAGCAAGGCAGAUUUGUCUCACUUUUACCUUUUAUUAUGGAAUGAUUUUUAUACUGUAUAUUGUGUUUGUGCUGAUACUCUCAAGUUGAAUUGGGACACUGGGGUGCAUAUUUAUUCUGUGAUAGGUCAAUGAGUCGCACAGAGGUUCUUCAACGUUUGUUUGUUGUAUAAUGUCAAUGUCCUGAUGGCCAGCAAGAGUCAGUUGGGUGCCAGAGAAGAAAAUUGGGGGGAUUUUGAAGGAAGAUUUUAUUUUGUUUUAUUUGCAGGACUUUUUUGUACUUGAAUGGUAACUGUCUCAUGGAUACGGGUGCCUUAAUCUUGACCAGCAAUUUGCUUGAAGGAAUGAAUCCGGCUUUUGUUAUUCAAGCAGGUUAUAUAUCAAAAUGAUCAGUGAUAUUUGGAUGUUGUCCACCUCUAAUUGAUUAAUUCUAGGUUACAUAUGGUGACGAAAACAAAACAAAACUGCCAUAAAAACCACUGAACUGAAUUGAUCAUUCUGGGGAUACUGACGGAGUUGCAAUAGCCAAGUAGAUAAAGUUUGUUGAAUUUCUGUGCACAAAUUUUGAGAACGGUUUACAGAACUUUGGGUUUUGAAAAUUCCCUUUUCCUGAAAAGCAUUUAUACAGAAAAACUUUUUUUCGGACUGUUUUCCAAUUAUGACUUCUUAAAGGGGUCAUAUGAUGCUGCUAAAAAGAACAUUAUUUUGUCUAUUUG